AUGACGUUCGCCGAGCUGCUCGACCGGAUUGGGGGCAUGGGCCGCUUCCAGGUCCUCCACGUGGCGCUGCUGGUGACCCCCGUGCUGCUGACGGCCAGCCACAACCUGCUGCAGAACUUCUCGGCCGCGAUCCCCGAGCACCACUGCCGGAUCCGGCCCUCCAGCAACGCCACCGCCAGACCCACCAACAGGACUCAAAGGCCGGGCUCCGAGGAGGAGAUCCUGUGGAUCUCUAUUCCCAAGGACGCUUCCGGGAAGCCCGAGCGGUGCCGCCGGUUCGUCACGCCACGCUGGCAUCUCCUCAACGCCAGCGCCGCGGGCGAGAACGAGACCUGGACGGACACGGAGCCCUGCAGGGACGGCUGGGUGUACGACCGGAGUGUUUUCAGCAACACCAUCGUCAUGGAGUGGGACCUGGUCUGCGACCUACGGACCCGGAGGCAGAUUGCCCAGUCGAUCUACAUGGGGGGAGUUCUGGUGGGUGCUCUUGUGUUCGGGACCUUAGCGGACAGGUUCGGGCGCAAAGCCGUCCUCAGCUGGUCGUACCUCCAGAUGGCCAUCGCGGGGCUGUGCACCGCUUUCGCCCCGAGCCUCGCGGCCUACUGCGUGUUCCGCUUCCUGGUCGGGAUGGCGCUGUCGGGAAUUAUCCUGAACUGCAUGUCCCUAGUGCUGGAGUGGGUGCCCACCAAGGUCCGCACUGUGGCCGGGACCGUGGUGGGGUACUGUGCGACGUUCGGGCAGAUCCUCCUUCCCGGGCUGGCCUAUGCCCUCCCGGACUGGCGCUGGCUGCAGUUCGCCGCCUCCAUACCCUUCUUUGUCUUCUUCAUGUACUCCUGGUGGUUUGCCGAAUCGGCCCGGUGGCUGGUUCUUUCCGGCAAAAUAGAGCAAGCUGUCGAAGUCUUAAAGAAGGUAGCACAGAUCAACGGAAAGAAAGAAGAAGGAGAGAAGCUCAGCACGGAGGUCUUGAAAUCAAACAUGCAGAAGGAACUGACCCUGGUUCAGUCGUCUUACACUCUCGUCAGUUUGGUCCGUACCCCCACCGUGCGCCGGAUCUCCUGCUGCAUUUCCAGCGUUUGGUUUGCCACCAGUUUUGCCUACUAUGGUCUCGCCAUGGACCUCCAGAACUUUGGCUUCAGCAUCUACCUGAUCCAGGUGGCCUUCGGUGUGAUUGACAUCCCGGCCAAGCUGGGGGCCGCCAUCGGCAUGAGCUACGUUGGGCGAAGGACCACGCAAGCGUCGUCCGUCAUCGUGGCUGGACUGGCCAUCUUGGCCAAUAUUUUUGUGCCUGCAGAUCUCCGAGCACUCAGAACCUCUCUGGCGGUACUCGGAAAAGGCUGCUUGGCCUCCUCCUUCAAUUGCCUCUACCUCUACACGGGCGAGUUGUAUCCGACGGUGAUCAGACAGACCGGGAUGGGGAUGGGGAGCACCCUCGCUCGCGUGGGGGGCAUAGUGGCACCCAUGAUAAGAAUGACGGGAGAAUAUUUCCCCUACCUCCCACCGCUCAUAUACGGGACGGCCCCAAUCCUGUCUGGCAUCGCCGCCAUCUUCCUGCCAGAGACGCUCCACGAGCCGCUUCCGGAUACCAUUGAGGAAGUCGAGAGCGGAAAGAUACUGGAGCACAGCUGCGCUGCCAAGGGGCAAGACCAGAUCCUGCUGCGGAAGGUGGCCCAGGAGGUGACGCGAGACGGCGGAAUGUGCUGA